UCAUAGUUCGUGAUUGGAACAAUCAAAUCAGAUAAUUCUAGACAGCUAUUUUAAAAGUAAAUAACCGCUUUAAUAAAUAGGGUGAAACCGCAGUGAUUAUAUUUGUCCUUUUCCUUUCAGAUAAUCGGUCGUAAACAUUUCAGAAUUCUGGUGGUUCAGCGGUUCAAAGACGGAAAAAAUGCGACACAUAGCAAGCAUUUUGACCAGAUGUUACGCCAACGGCAUCCUUCGCCAAAAAAAAUAGUCUUCGUCAAAACCCACAAAACUGCCUCAACCACCAUUCAGUCAAUUCUGUGCAGACACGCUUUGUACAACAGCCUUAGAGUUGCAGUACCCAAAAAUGGACGUAACUUUUUCUCCUAUCUCGAAAAACCUUUUCUCGCAUCGCAAACUAGAACAAAUGAUCCUGAUGUUAUUUUAUUUCACAUGAAUUUUCUCAAAGACGAGGAACUGAUUCCAAAAACAAAGAAGUCGAUUUACAUAACUAUACUUCGAGAUAUUCCCGAAUCUUUUGAAUCUCGUGUCGUGUAUUACAAGUUCAAAGAUCGAAAAAAUAUUCUGCCUGAAGAAACUGAUCCGAAAAAAUUGGUGUCGAAAGUUAUGAACAGUUAUGAUUCGAUUCUCUCUAAGAUUAUUGGCAACGGGACUUAUAUGCAGCAGCUGCGGAUAAUCUUGGGCAACUGGUACUUCAGCCAAUUCUACCAAAAAUCAAAGGAUCCUUACAAGGCAUUGUCAGUAAGCAGCGAAGAUAUCAAACAAACGAUUAAUUUCAUGGACGAAACAUUCAAUCUAGUUAUGAUCACAGAGCUCUUUGACGAAAGUCUCAUUCUGCUGAAAGAUCUCAUGGGAAUAUCAACUGAACAAAUCACUUACAUUUCAUUGUACGAAAGAUUUCGUCAGCAGAGUUAUGACAACAGCUUUGAGCAGUCGACCGAAAGCGAAAUUAGACGAAGACUUCAUGCCGACAACGCAAUUUACCAACACUUCAAACAUGUUUUUGAGCAAAAAAUUCAAGAGUUUGGCUCGGAGCGAAUGCAAGCUGAGCUGGAAGAGCUGAAGGAAAAACAAGCCGAGCUUCACACUGAAUGUGUUGAGAAAGAAAUUAUAGCUCGUCAGAGCAAUGAACAUAUUUUUGUUCCAAGAAAAGUCGCAAUGAUGGCGUGGAAGAUCAAAAAAGGCGCCCCUGGAUUUUGUAAAUACUACAUAUAUUCUGAAAAGCAGUGGCUCAAUAAAUUCAAAUAA